AUGGCAUCGCAGUUCAACAACGAGAAAGACAUUCCUGUCUCCAAGCAGGAGUUCCCCGGCAAGGAGCGCGACAUGCCGCAUCCCAGACCCGUCCGUGAGGAGCUGCCCGGGGCCGCUGGGGACAAGGUGGCCUACAAGGCGGCCAACAAGCUGCAUGGGAAGAGGGCGCUCAUAACGGGCGGCGACAGCGGCAUCGGGGCGGCCACCGCCGUCCUGUUCGCAAAGGAGGGCGCGGCGUCGACCAUCGUCCAUCUUCCCCAGGAGGAGAAAGACGCCCAAGACACCAAGAGACAAGUCGAGGCCGUCGGCGGGACGUGCCACCUCUUCGCUGCCGACUUGGUCGACAGGGAGAAUUGCCAACAGGCAGUUGACUUUGCCCUCGAAACGAUGGGUGGCAUCGACAUCCUGUUCAACAACGCUGCCUAUCAAAUGAUGGUGGAGGAUAUCCUCGAUUUGCCAGACGACCAGUGGGUUCAUACCUUCGACGUCAAUAUGCAUUCGUACUUUUACAUGGCAAAGUAUUCCCUCAAGCAUAUGAAGGCCGGCUCCGUCAUCAUAAACAACGCGUCCAUUAACGCGUACAUCGGGCGUGACGACUUGUUGGAUUAUACGUCGUCCAAGGGCGCAAUUGUUUCCUUCACACGGGGACUGAGCAACCAGUACAUCUCGAGAGGCAUCAGGGUGAAUGCUGUGGCACCGGGUCCAGUCUGGACUCCGUUGAUCCCGGCUACCAUGAGCGAGAAGGCGCAAAAGGAGUUCACCAGUCCCAUGGGUCGACCAGCACAGCCGUCCGAAAUCGCAAGCUGCGUCGUGUUUCUCGCCUCCAUGGACAGCUCUUUCGUGAGCGGCCAGACCCUGCACUGCAACGGUGGUGUUGUCGUCAAUGGCUAG